UCUGUGUUAAAAUUACAGGAAUUUAUAGUGUAAAUCUAUUAGAAACCGAUGUAAUCUAUGACGGACCUAAAUAUGUUGAUCAAGGUAAUAUUCUUCGAAUUUCAUGCAUAUUAUCCAAAUAUUUGUGGCCACAAUGGUCACAUAACAAUCAACGAUUGGAUGAUCUUGAAGAUUCACGGAUAGAAUUUAAAUUUGAAAAUGAACCAUCAUCAUCGAUUAAUCGACGAGAAAUUCUGUUAAUAGAAAAUGUUAGCAUAAAUGAUGAAGGAUUCUAUCGUUGUAAUCAUAAUUCGAUCAAAGUACAUUAUGUUCACGUUAUUCCAAAAUUUCGCUUUGAUCAUACUGAUAUAUCACCAUUUAGAUUAGUUAAAAUUCUGGACAAAGAAUACAAAAAUGUCUUAUUGGAAUGUCAAUCCGGUCAUUAUAGCCAUCAUUAUCAUUCACCAAUCAAUUGGAGUAAAAACGGUUUACCAAUCAAACAAGAAGAUGAUCGUCGUGUUCAACAUGAAAAUCGUUUGUUAAUCAAUAAUGCAACCAGUGAAACUGAUGCUGGACAAUAUUAUUGCCAAUUUCCCAUAGACGGUAUUGAUUUGGAUCAAAUAAAAAAUCCAGGACAAACAAUAGAAUUACGUGCUGCAAUACAUGUGAAACCAUUUCAAAUGGAUGUAAUUCGUCGAAAAGAAAAUGAUAGUCUUAUAAUGAUUUGUAAUUAUAGUGGUUAUCCAAAAGGAACAAUUACAUGGAUGAUUGGCAAUAAUACCUUAUCAUCAUCAUCAUCAAUGAAUGAAAUUCAUUUUGACCAAAGUGAACAACCUAAUGAUAUGAUCAUUAUUGAUCGAUUACAGCGGCAAAAUUCAGGCAUCUAUAAAUGUCAAGUGGAUAAUAUUUGGACAAUGGAUCAAAAAUCUUUCAAACUGAUUGUUGAUGAUAAUUCCAUCGACAUGGAUGACAAUGAAAUUCUUAUUGAAAGACGACAAUUAAGGAUUUCUUGUCGGUUAUCCGAUUCGAUUCCUAUACCACAGGAUAUGUCACCAACGUGGUAUAAAGAUAAUGUUAAACUAAAUGUUAACGAUAGACUCAAGAAUGAUGAUGAUGAUGAUGAUGAUAAUAGUAGAGAUCAUGACAAUAAUGGUGAUGAUGACGACGAUGAUGAUGAUCGAAUUUAUGUGGAUAAAAUAUCCGAUAAACAAUGGGAUCUAGUCAUUGAUAAAGCCAAACUGGCUGAUAUUGGUGAUUAUAAAUGUCAAAUUUAUAAUUCAGCGGAUACAACAAAAGUUAGAACCAAACCUUUGUUACAUCCAUUUGAUGAAUUUCAAAAUGAUAAUUAUAAAUCUGCCAAUUUGGUGGAAGGCGAUCGUCUUUCACUUCGAUGUGCCCUAAUUGAUGGUUAUGGUAAAGAUGCAAAAAUACAAUGGCUCAUGUAUGGUGAAUUUGAAGAACCGGAUAAUGGUCGUGCAAUUAACCUAUCGGAUACAAGAGUUUCCAUCCAAAACAAUGAAACAGCACAAGAAAGUGUGCUUACAAUUGAAUCGAUAGUGCCGCAAGAUCGAUAUUUUUAUGUUUGUAAAGCGGUAAAUGAAAUUACCGAUUAUAAUAAUACUAUUUUACUUCGAAUCAAAGAUAAAUAUGCCGCAUUAUGGCCAUUUUUAGGCAUAGUUGCCGAAGUGAUCAUACUUUGUAUUAUAAUAUUUGUCUAUGAAAAAAGAAAAGUGAAACCAGAUUUCGAUGAUGUUGAUCAUAACAACAAAAAUGGUGAAGGGAAAAAAUCUCAUGAUUGUGCUUCCAGAUCACACGAUUUGAGACAAAGAAAAUGAUGAUAUAUACAUUUUAUGAUGAAUCAUUUAUUUCAAAUUCAAAACUAUAAAUCAACAUCAAUAAACCAAAAAAAAAAAAAAAAAACAAAACGAAAUGAACAGCUUUAUCCAAUCGAUGAGUUUGUUUGAAAGCUGAGAUUUGCAAAAAAAAAAAAAACAACAACAACAACAACAACAACAAACCAAACAUGGAUAA